CUGAAACUGUCCAGAGACAUUGACUUUCUAUGCCUUAUAUUCCCUUUCUUCACAACGACUGAUCAUCUACUAAUUUCAAUGGCAUCUCCUUCAUAAUCGACUUCUCUGCUAAAUCAUAGCGAUCAUAGCAUCCAGUAUGACGUUUUCUAAGCUUUAGAGGCCAAGAUACUCGCAAUUCAUUUACAGAUCAUCUCUAUGCGGCGCUAGUACGAGCAGGACUCCGCACUUUUAGGGAUAAUGAUGAUAUCAAAAGAGGUCACGAACUCAAGCCAGAAAUCGAGAGAGCGAUUAUAGAAUCUAGGGCUUCUAUAGUUAUAUUGUCGGAGAAAUAUGCGACAUCCAGCUGGUGCCUUGACGAGCUUUUGUUGAUGCUUGAGCAACGGCGGAGCUUCAAUCAUUUUGUUUUACCGGUUUUCUACCAUGUCGAUCCCUCAGAUAUCAGGGACCAAAGACAAAGUUUCGCGAUUGAAGUAGAAGACGGAGUAGAAGGGUCAAAAUGGACAGAGUAUAAUGUCAAUCGAUGGAAGGUAGCCCUUUCAGAGGUUGCUGAUUUGACCGGCAUGGUUGUAUUAGGGUCUGAAUCAGACUUUAUUGCAAAAAUUGUUGAUGCAAUUGACUGUAAACUAGAUAUGAAACUAGUUAGUACUCCAGCUCAUCUAAUUGGAAUGGACUCUCGAGCUAAUGAUAUCAACUCCUGGUUGAAAAAUGAGCAAUCUGGUGCUAAUAUGGGAAGAAAGAUAGUUCUUGAAGAGUCUAAAGACCCUGCAAAACGUAGUAGAGUCCUUCAAAAUAAUGAAUCUUAUCGUUUGUUGGGAAAAGGACAGGGUUCAGAAACAAUUGAAGGUCUAGCAAUUGACAUGCGAAAGCUCAGCCAAUGGACGAGAUCCAAUUUAAGCAAAAGAAGUGAAUUAAUAUGUGUCAUUAGCCCUUAA